UAAAAAAAAAUCGCAAAAAAAAGAGGGUGAUAUUUUUCAACACUACAGAAAAAUAAAGGAGGAUCCCUCUUCUUCUUCUUCUUUCUCUUCUUCAUCCUUUCCCUCUUUUAUAUAUAUUCUUUUUGUCUUUCUUCAAUUCAUUCUUUUCUUUAUUAUCAUUCUUUCUUUUCUGACUUGGUCUUUGUCAUGGCGACAUACUAUAGUCCGUCCCAAAUCCCGAGUACUGUUACUCUAGAUGACUCUGGAAUCGGGGCAACAACAACCAGUACUGAAGAUGAGCUCUUGUCUUCUUCACCUUCUAGAUCCCGCACCUUACGACGAAAACCUAAUAUGGAUGUCGCCACCCCACUUGCUCGAAACGUUUCCAGAACCCGCCCUAAUUUCAGUGCCGUGCAGAGCUCAGACGCGUCUAGGUUUAUGACCCUCGAUUCAUUGCCAUUCAGAAGUCUAAUGCCGUCGAAAUCGAGAGACCUUCUUGCAAGCAAGCAAGAUUAUAUUAGCGGUGGUUCAUUGAGACAGCUUACUGUUGAAACUGCCGUAUUUCCAGAUCCGCCUAUCUUUCACACAAAUGAAGCCAGACGGGUGACUUCCCAAGGAGAUGUAAAGAGCAUAAAAUCCGGAAAUGAAUCGAUACGCUCACAAAAGAAGAAGCGACGGCCAAUCGCCUCGAGCUAUAUUACGCCUACAGAGAUCUUUGCACAGAACCUAAGUGAUGCUGUACUUGAUGUUGAUGAUUCUGAUGAACACGAAGGAUAUGUUUAUCGUGACAAGACUUCACAAGCUUCAUUCUAUCCACCACCCUGGUCUAAUGUUGACUCUGACCACCCACAAUCCUUCCACGGACCUUCUUCAUUCUACUCUACCUUGCCACCACACAAUCGAUACUCUACUCCUUCUACAGCAGCAGGAUCAGUAGUAGGAGCAGCAACAGAUCAUAUGAAUCCCGGCGGUGGUGGUGGCGGUGGCGGUGGAACCGAGGGGUCGGAUUAUUAUGCACGAGAAAAACCUUCAUAUUCAUCCUUUUACAACUACAAUUACAACAGCGACCAGCAACAGCCACAGCAACAACACAACCAACAAUAUCAAAAGCAAUCGCGGCAUUCUCCUCGCCGACCGGUUCUACGAUCAGCCGUUUCCGAACUACCCACAACUGGCGGACAUCCUUACACGCUCUCCUCUCUACAAAAGAAACCAAGGUACCAGCGACAGGAUUACUGGUAUCCAAGUGAUGAUGAAAACAGGCCCCUUGUGAAUAGAGCCUAUGGUAAAAAAAGACGAAAGCCGAGUGGCAAAAAUAAAGGAAUGAUUCUACUUUGGAUUUUUCUGGGUUGCAUGGCUGGUACUGGUGCUAUAUGGCUAUUCUUGAUCUUUGUCGCUUCCCCACUGACAGAGGUUGAGGUUGUUGGGAUCAGUAAUGUCCUUGGUACUCAAAAGGAGCUCAUAUUCAAUUUACAAGUACGAGCCAGAAACUACAAUUGGUGGACAGUUCAGAUCAGCCAUGCAUCUUUUAGUGUUUUUGCAUCCAGUCAUUUUGUACCCACUAUAGCCAGUAUGAAUCAAACCAAUGACAGCCCUUUGGAAUCAAGUGAAUCGUCAUUAGUAGGGAUUGACCCUCAAGGUGCUGAUCCAGCCGAAUUUCUUGGGACUAUUUAUCAGUUAGAAGAUCCACUUGUAUUUGAACCUGGAAAGAUAUUUCACUCUACACAAAGCACGGCCAUCAGUCAAAUCCAAAUCAAGAAUCCCGGAGCCACCCAUGGCGACAAUCGUGGAAAUGAGCGUUGGUCGCUCCUUAUAAGAUACCCGUAUGAGCUUACAGUCAGAGGUGUGCUAAAAUAUAGCUUAAUGUCGUUACCUGGUGUGACACAACUACACUCGGCUCGUGUUUGCAAUGUUUCCAGUAUCGAUCCUGCCACAGGAAAGAUAUCUGACGUACCACUACCUGAACGAACCAUUUGUGAUGAUCCUUCACCUGUAGAGGUCUUAUACCCAUUCUCCUCACAAACCUAUUCCCCUUUAUCAAACUUACCUUGA